CAUACAGCACAGACUUUGCCUGCUGCAGAACAGACUCCAUCCUGUAAAGGCAGAGCCUGAGGAGCCAAUGUGAUCCUGGAAAUCUUCAUGUGCAUGUGUGCCAGGGAAGGGGGAGAGAGAGAGAGAGACCUAGUGUGAAGGAGAGUAGGGGAGGAAGGCAAGCAGGGAGAGAAGGGAGCUUGCUUCACGCACUGCUGAAGGCUGUCAGAAGCAGACCAUACAAGCAACACUCUGGCUGGUGCACAGUUUAAGGGACAACAUUCACUGACUUUAUUCAUUGAAUUGCUGAAGGACAGAUAUGACAUCCAACUGCUGCUUCUGUGUAUUCUUGCUUAUUGGUACCAGGGUCAUCUGUGACUCUUUGGAAGAUCAUGUUUCUGGAACUGGGGUCAGGUGCCCCCUGGGCUACUUUCCGUGUGGCAACAUCACAAAGUGUUUGCCCCAGCAACUUCACUGUAAUGGUGAGGAUGACUGUGGGAAUCAGGCCGACGAAGAAAACUGUGAAGACAACAACGGAUGGUCUCUGCAAUUUGAUAAACAUUAUACAAAGGACAAGUACAAUAAACUGAAAUCUCUGUAUGCAUUUCAGAAAAAGACACCUGAGUGCUUGGCUGGGGAUGUGCCAUCAGAGUGUAUCUGCCAAGGGCUGGAGAUCUUCUGUGAUGCUGCCAAAUUACGAGCUGUCCCAUCAGUCUCUUCAAACAUAACUGUAAUGUCUCUUCAGAGGAAUCUGCUAAGAAAGCUUUCUGCUGAUGUUUUCAAGAAAUAUCAAGAUCUUAAAAAUCUGUAUCUUCAGAAUAAUAAAAUUAGAGCUGUGUCUGAACGUGCUUUCAAAGGAUUAUACAAUUUGACAAAACUAUACCUGAGUAACAACAAGAUAACUAGUUUGGAGCCUUUUGUUUUUGCAGACCUCCACAGACUUGAAUGGCUGAUAAUUGAAAAUAAUAGGAUAAAUCGGAUCUAUCCGUUAACAUUUUAUGGACUCAAAUCACUUAUUCUUCUUGAAAUGAUGAAUAAUUCUCUUGUUCGUUUGCCUGAUAAACCUCUGUGCCAAUAUAUGCCAAGACUAAACUGGCUAGACCUUGAAGGGAACCAUAUCCAUCAUGUGAGAAAUGCUACUUUCAUCUCCUGCAGCACUCUAACUGUAUUGGUGAUGAGACGAAAUAAAAUCAGCUCUCUAAAUGAAAACAGCUUCUCUUCUCUCCAGAUGUUAGAUGAAUUAGAUUUGGGUAGCAACAAGAUUGAAUCACUUCCUCCAUAUAUAUUUAAGGAUCUAAAGGAGCUUUCACAACUGAAUCUUUCUUACAACCCCAUCAAGAAAGUACAAAUAGACCAGUUUGAUUUUCUAAUUAAACUCAAAUCCCUCAGUUUGGAGGGCAUUGAAAUUGCAAACAUCCAGAGAAGAAUGUUCAGACCCCUGAGAAACCUUUCCCACAUAUAUUUUAAGAAAUUCCAAUACUGUGGAUAUGCCCCUCAUGUGCGCAGCUGUAAGCCUAACACUGAUGGGAUUUCCUCCCUCGAGAAUCUUUUAGCUAGCAUCAUACAGAGAGUGUUUGUCUGGGUUGUAUCUGCCAUCACCUGCUUUGGAAAUAUUUUUGUUAUCUGCAUGAGACCUUACAUCAGAUCGGAGAAUAAGCUGCACGCCAUCUCAAUAAUGUCUCUUUGCUGUGCUGACUGUCUGAUGGGAAUAUAUUUAUUUGUGAUUGGAGCUUUUGAUCUUAAAUAUCGUGGAGAAUACAACAAGCACGCUCAGUUGUGGAUGGACAGUAUUCACUGUCAAUUGGUUGGAUCGCUGGCUAUUCUGUCUACAGAGGUGUCAGUCUUACUGUUGACAUAUCUGACUUUGGAAAAAUACAUCUGCAUAGUUUAUCCUUUUAGGUGUUUGAAGCCCAGAAAAUGCAGGACAAUUUCCAUUUUGGUUCUUAUCUGGAUAAUUGGGUUUGCUGUUGCUUUCAUCCCACUGAGCAAUAAGGAAUUUUUCAGGAACUACUAUGGCACCAAUGGUGUCUGUUUUCCUCUUCACUCAGAACAAUCAGAAAGUUCAGGAAGUCAGAUUUACUCUGUUGUCAUUUUCUUAGGUGUAAACUUGGCAGCUUUUAUCAUCAUUGUGUUUUCCUAUGGGAGUAUGUUCUACAGUGUUCACCAAACAGCUAUUAUGGCUACUGAAAUUCGGAAUCAUAUUAAAAAAGAGAUGAUCCUUGCUAAACGUUUUUUCUUCAUUGUAUUUACUGAUGCACUAUGUUGGAUACCUAUUUUUAUUCUGAAACUCCUUUCUUUACUUCAAGUAGAAAUACCAGGUACCAUAACUUCUUGGGUGGUGAUUUUUAUACUGCCAAUAAAUAGUGCUCUGAAUCCUCUUCUCUACACUUUGACUACACGACCUUUCAAAGAAAUGAUUCAUCAGGUUUGGUACAAUUACAGACAAAGAAGAUCCAAAAGAGGUAAAGGCAGCCAGAAAAUAUAUGGUCCAUCAUUCAUUUGGGUAGAGAUGUGGCCAAUGCAUGAAAUCACGCCAAAGGUUACGAAGCCUGUGCUUUGUACAGACUCUUCUGAUGCUUCAGUGACUACACAGUCAACAAGACUAAAUUCAUACACGUAAACACAUUCUGAAUCCUCACGGUGACAUUGGUACUGUUAGCUUCAUAUCCGUGGGCUUACUCCUUUACAGCAAUGAGGAAAAACGAGGGAGGUGUGACACUUGGGCUCACGUGAACCACUGCGGCAAGAAGAGGGAGCAAUAUGUCUGGGUAUAGGUAGAACUGACGCAACAAUAAUUUUACCAUCUCACAGCAGUACCUGACAUUUUGACAAUUCAUCCUAGAUCAGAAUGAGAAAUCAGUUGUUCGGGAAUUUUUUCUUCCAGAAGCCAGAAGUGUGG